UUCUCAAUGAAGUGUCAGAGGAGAGAGACAAAAAUAUUGCGUUAAUUUCGUGCAUCUGACAAAGACGAAGAUAAAACAGUGCAGAUACACUAUGUGCUGAAAAUACUUGUUGGCGAAAAAUCUCAGACGGUCCUGACGUGCCGCAGAGUAUUUGCAAAGAACGCUAUGAAGUAGUUGACAAUAAGGAGCUAAUUGAAAGAGGAACAGCUUUACAUCAUGAAGUAUUUUAGUCUGCAUGGGUGCUUUAGUUUAUUUUACUUUUUACAUGUGAUUAGUGGUGUCCUGUGCACUGACAAUGUUUACGAACAAAUCUCAAGCUAUGUACAAGAUUCAGAGUACGUUGAUCCAAGUUCAUUGUACUAUGACAGACAAUCACAAACUGUUAAAGCACCAAAAAUGCAUCAUUUGAGCCAUGGACACAGUCAUGAAAAUGAAAUAGUUGUAAGGAGCACAGAUGAUCACUAUCGUCACUGUGAAGAUAGGUCUUAUCAAGUUUUUGCUAGAAGAAUUAUAAAUAUACUGAUCUCAAAAGCUAAUUUAAAGAUAGAGAAUGGUAUGGCUAUUGGACAAUUAGACAUAGAAGCAACUGUUGAAGAAUUAGAACUUCUUAGAAGCUUUGGAGAGGGCUAUUGUUCAAUCAGAAAAGUCGACGCUAUCAUUGCUAAUGCCAUACGAGCCCCACAAAUAAGCUUAUUUGAUGAGGCUAUGAACUUUACAGACAAAAUUGCCAUAUACUUUUAUCAACAUAGGAUAAUAUUUGCAUCAAUACUUUUAAUUAUAUUUGUCACAAUUAUUGCUCUGAAAGUGCGAUGGACACGACUCAGAAUAAUGGUCUUACUAUUUGACAUCAUAAUUACAAUAAGCUUUAUGCUUACCUGGUGGGAACUUCUUCAGGAAGCUGAAAUUAAAUUAGCAGCUCAACAACGUGUAUAUUCAGCGAUUCCUGAUGAAUGUCGUCAAAACGAAAUUGGAUUUUUGAAUUCGGUAUGGUUAUUUUUUGGCUUUGGUAAAGGCGAUUGCCUUAAACACCUUGAAGCAGUCAUGACUGAUCCAAAUUUAAAAGUCAUGCCAUUACAUGCUUUUUCUGUAAUGGCUACUAAAUUUUUCUUCCAUCCACUCGCUAUGGCUGGUCAUUACUUAUCUGACUUUAUUGAAAAUAUUACUCGUCCAUUGCCUUUCCCAGUCAAUCAUAUUGCAAAACUAUUACUAGUUUUAUUCAUGCCAUGUAUUCUGGCUACACUACUUUUUGUUUCUAUUGGAGGAUCAAUGGGAAUCAGAUUAGGACCUUUUCUUCAUUUAUAUCUCCAUGGAAGACAAUCAGCAACACCACCUGAGUCUUUAGCUAACAGUGACAGACAGGCAAUUGAAAUCCUUCGAUCCGAAAUUCGGGAAGUUUCCUCCACCUUAGCUGAAGUAAAGCCAGCCCUAACUGAUAAAAAGAAUUCACCGCAAAAAGUCAAAGAAACUGUUCAAAGUGCAAAAGUUGAAACUAAAAAGGCUGACAAACCCGAGCAAGACAGUGACACAAACAGCGAUGAAUGUCCAGAAACACGAGAGUUUGAAAAAAUAUCCAAGGAGAAACUUGAAGAUGAGAUGAACGAGCUUAGUGAUAGAAAAUUGAAUAAAAUAGAAAAAUUGGAAGUAGAAAAUCAGCAAAAUAAAACUCAAACAGAAGUAAAAAGUAAAUCGUCGUUAGAUAUUGUAAAAAAAGAUAGGAUAUUAUAGGAUAUUAUCGUAAAGUAUUUUUUAUACUGUUAUUUAUAUGCUUGGCAUAAUAUUUUUAUACAGCAAAGGCAAGUUUUUACAUUAAUCAAUGUCGGAGCAUUGUACAAAGUAAUAUCGAAUUAUUACCAUAAUUAAUUUUAUACAAAUAUUGGCUUUAACACUUUGAGUGCUACAUUACCCAUCUACGGGUCAUUGAUUUUAAUAAGCAACCGUGUAAAUAUGAUCUGCCGGUAAGAUACGCGAUGUUUAUUAACAACAAAAUAUAAAAAUGACAAAAAUAUUAUAAUAUAGAACAGAGUUCAAACGUGCAGCUUACAUAAUGAAUUGAAUAUUUUAUUCAAAAUGCACUAUUUUUACUUCAGCAUCCGGUACAAGUUAUUUGAUUUUAUAGCACUCAAAGUAUUGAAAUAAUUUUAUACAAAAAUGUUGCUAAAAUUUCUCUGUUAAAAUUUGUAUCGAAUCGCAAGAUUAUGCGUGCAAAUCACUCUAUAUUUAUAAAUAUUGUUAAUUGGAUCUCAAAAGCAGCGUCGUUGAAAAGGAAAUAUAUUUUCAACAAUAAAUUGAUUUUUUCAAAAAACUAUA